AUGGACUUUUCUCGGCUCCACAUGUACACCCCUCCUCAGUGUGCGCCCGAGAACACUGGCUACACGUACGCACUCAGUUCGAGUUAUUCGUCUGAUGCUCUGACUUUUGAGACUGAGCACAGAUUGGACCCUGUGUUCGAUUCUCCAAGAAUGUCCCGCCGCAGUUUGCGCCUGGUCACCACAGCCUGUGCCACGGAGGACGGCCAGGCUGGGGACGCUCACUCCUGUGCCAGUAGCACUGCCUCCCUGAAGGACAGAGCGGCCAGAACUGCAAAGCAGCGCAGAAGUGCAAGCAAGCCGGCUUUUAGUGUCCACCAUGCCUCCAGGCGGGUCGUGUCCUCGGCCGUGGGCCAGGGCGGCGCCGGCUCGCUGUCAGGCACGGCCUGUGUGCGGCCUUCUGUGCUGGAUGAGUCUCUGAUCCGUGAGCAAACCAAAGUGGACCACUUCUGGGGUCUUGACGAUGACGGAGAUCUCAAAGGGGGAAAUAAAGCUGCCGCUCAGGGAAAUGGGGAUCUGGCAGCAGAAACUUUCAGGAGCAACGGCUACACCUGCAGAGACUGCAUCCUGCUCUCUGAGCACAAGGACACGCUCACGGCACGCUCCACUGCCCACGGACUGUCGUCGCGAACAUACUCGAGGGACGAGAGUCAGAAACGUCACCUCUUGGUACAGAUGCUGCAGAGGAUUGGAGCUUCCGGAUGGUUUGUGUCGAAGACACUGUUGUCACUCCUUUGGUUGGCCGUGGUUGCUCCAGGGAAGGCAGCCUCUGGAAUAUUCUGGUGGCUAGGGAUUGGAUGGUACCAGUUUGUUACUUUGAUUUCUUGGCUGAAUGUGUUUCUUCUUACAAGGUGCCUUCGAAACAUUUGCAAGUUUUUAAUCUUGUUCAUUCCAUUAUUACUUUUACUAGGUGCAGGUCUGUCCCUGUGUGGCCAGGGACACUUCCUGUCAGGCCUUCCUGUGUUCAACUGGACACGUGCGCACGGAACCCAGAGGGUGGACAUCCCUGAGGGCACCUUCACACCUGAUGCCCCUCAUCUGAGCCAGCCGCCAGAGGGCGGCGGCGAGGCUUUCCCCCGGCGUCCGAUGAGCGAGGUGGAAAGGCAGGUGGCCUCGUUGUCUGGACAGUGUCACGGCCACGACGAGAAGCUCCGAGAGCUGGCGGCUGUGCUUCGGAGACUGCAGGCGCGGAUAGACCAGAUGGACGGAGACGGCGGCGGGACCCUGUCCCUGGUUAGAAGAGCGGUGGGGCGGCCUUCAGGGGCCACACGUGCUGGCGGACUGUCGGGCUCCGAGACUGACUCCGUGACCUUCCGCCAGGAGCACGAAUCGCGAAUCUCAAACCUAGAGGACGUUCUUGGAAAGCUGACAGAAAAAUCCGAGGCCAUCCAGAAGGAAUUAGAACAGACCAAGCUGCGAACAGCUAGCGGGCUUGAGGAAGAGCCGCACCUCCUUUCCAUGGUUAAGCAGCUGGAACUGGAGCUGGGUCAUCUGAGAUCAGAAUUGUCCAGGUGGCAGCAUUUGAAGACCAGUUGUGAGGAAGUCAGCACGAUACACGGAAAGGUGGACGCCCAAGUCAGAGAAACUAUCAAGCUCAUGUUCUCCGAUGAGCAAGGCGGUUCUCUGGAAUGGCUGCUACAGAAACUUUCUUCCCGGCUCGUCAGCAAGGGUGAUUUGCAGGGUUUGUUGCGGGAUUUGGAGCUGCAGGUGCUGGAGAGCGUCACCCGCCACACUUCUGUGACACAGCAGGUCUCCGGCCCUGAGACCUUACCGUCUGCCGCGAAUGAGGCCGGGGCUUCUGGGAUAACGGAAGCGCAAGCGCGUGUCCUUGUGAACAACGCCCUGAAGCUGUAUUCCCAAGAUAAGACCGGGAUGGUGGACUUCGCCCUGGAGUCUGGUGGUGGAAGCAUCCUGAGCACUCGCUGCUCGGAGACGUAUGAGACCAAGACCGCACUGAUCAGCCUCUUCGGGAUCCCGCUCUGGUACUUCUCCCAGUCCCCCCGCGUCGUGAUCCAGCCUGACAUCUAUCCAGGCAACUGCUGGGCAUUCAGGGGCUCCCAGGGGUACCUCGUGGUGAGGCUGUCCAUGGAGAUCCACCCGACCACCUUCACUCUGGAGCACAUACCAAAGACGCUGUCGCCCACGGGCAACAUCACCAGCGCCCCCAAGGACUUCGCGGUCUAUGGACUAGAAAACGAACACCAGGAGGAAGGACGGCUCCUGGGACGGUUUACAUAUGAUCAAGACGGGGAGUCCCUCCAGAUGUUCCACGCGCCGAAAAGACCCGAGAGAGCUUUCCAAAUAGUGGAACUUCGGAUUUUCUCUAACUGGGGCCAUCCGGAAUACACGUGUCUUUAUCGGUUCAGAGUCCACGGAGAACCCAUCAAGUAA